AUGUCGCGCGUCGACGUCGUCGACCUCGCCGAGGACGAUGACCUGAAUCACGACUCUCCCACAUCCAGGGUGCAGGAAUGGGUGUUGGGCCUAGGCAUGUCCCCGCCACCUUCGCCACCCGCCACCACGCAUUCCGGCUCCCCUCCUGAUCCCUCGGGAGGGAGUAAGAGGUCCUCCGAAGGCUCGGAACCGUCCUCCGGGCCGGGAUGGCCGUCGCCCACUCGGCCGUGGACGGGCGAUCAGAUCCCGUUCGUCGCGCCAAGGGUCAUAGCGGGGCGCGCGGUGGUGCAUGCGCCGGAUGUAGCCUCACUGGAGCCCCCGAGCGCGGAGAUUUACCACAACCUUCGAGGUAUGGUCUGCGGGGGUGCAAACGUCAGUGAGUUGUCGCCAUCGCAGCCGCCGCCCGCGAGGUCCGACAUAGAGUUCCAGCUGCCAACGGAGGAUAACCCAUACCACGUUCUGGCCAUAAAGUGGGCGAUGAGGCAGGAUCAGGACCCAUCGGCGCCCAGGAGCUCGCGCGGGCGGGAGGCGAGGCCUCAGUUCUCAAUCACGUUCGAUGCGAUGGGCUACAUCUACAUCGGCGCGGUCCAUCAGGGUGACCCGUCCGAGAAGCCGGAGGGUUUCGAGCUCAUCACCAGGUACCCCGCAGCCGUGAACGAAUUCAGCGCGCAGUCGGUGUAUAAAGACGGCGUGUUGUUCGUCAUCGCGGCGCCGAAGGAAUCGAGCGUGGUGGAGGUGCCCGUCCUGAGCGUGCCGAAAAGCAGCAGCGGCAAGAGUAGCAAUUUACGGUUCCAGCGAGACUAG